AUGUCCCAAGAUUCUUCAGAUCAGCGACCACCACAAUCUGAGUCAUUACAAACAAUAUCCUCAGACAAUACCACUACUACUACUAAACAUACAGAAAAGCGUAUUUCUGAAACUAAAUUGGAAAAUGGUAACCAUUGUUUGUCGGAUAUAGCACGGGGUCAUAACCCAUCAAGCAUCAAAGGAAAUGGGUCUACAAAGAAUCUGGUUGCCAGCGGUAUUAAGGUAAAUACCAAUAGUGCUAGUGGUAUUGCACCACCAACGAAAAUUCUAACCAAUUCUUCAAAAGAAGUUACAUCGCCAGUUUUACAAAAUUCAAAUACUCCAAUACUCGGAUCAGCAAAUACUAGUGGGACCAAUAUACCUGUAAGAAAUCAAAGUGUAUCGUUUUCUGAUAUAGACAAUCAAGAACGUUCCCGUCGAUUUACAAUAUCAGCAAAACCAUCAACUGUUAAUGUACCACAAGAAGUUCAACUACCACAAUCGUCACGACACCCUUCCUCGGCUGCACCAUCGAGGCAAUCAUCAGUAAAGACUAAAAGAGUUACAUCUCCAGUUAACAGUGGUGAAGGGAAUGUGUAUAAUGAUGUGUUGACUUUUAUGACCAAUCAUAGUCAUGGCAAAUUAAACACCGCAUUACCAUCAAAUGUUCAUGUCGGCGCAAUCAGAAGUGAUAACUCUUCACCUAUAACACCUGAAGGAGCUAUUGAUCCAGGGUUUAAUUUUGAUUAUAACAAAAAUUCAUUAAAUAGAAUUGCUAGUCCUAGUCCACCUCCAUUUAGUCGUUCAAACGGGAGUUCUUCAACUUCAUCGCCAAAAAGAAGCAAGACACCAAAUACACAGGAACCCGUACCACCACAGGAACCUAUAACUACAACAGAGAAAUUGAUAUCAGAACCUUCUUCACAAUCAGCAAUAAAACCAUUACCUAGUAGUCAAAUUGUUCAACCAAUUAAGAUUACUGGAACUGGAAGUGCCAAUUCCUCACGUCGUGGAUCUUUAAAGAAAUCCAAUAAAACAAUUGUAUCAUCCCCCAUUGGUCCACCAGUUCCAUUUCAACAAUUUUUAUCAAAGCAAGAUGAUGGGAAAUUUCAUAUUUUAUUGGCUUGUACUGGUUCGGUAGCUACAAUUAAAGUUCCAUUGAUUAUUGAUAAGUUAUUUCAAAUUUUCACUACAUCGAAGAUUUCAAUUCAAUUAGUUUUAACCAAAUCAUCUAGUCAUUUUCUUCGUGGUUGUAAAAUUCAUGAGGAUGUUAAAAUAUGGCGUGAUGAAGAUGAAUGGGCCAAUUUUUCUGAUGCCUAUAAUUCUGCUUCUACAACAGUUUGUAGUACUAUGGGUAAUGAUGGUUUGAAUGUUGUCAAUAAAAAGCCCAAGAAUCCUUUUGAGAAAUUGAUUCUUCAUAAUGAAUUGAGAAAAUGGGCGGAUAUUAUGUUGAUUGCUCCAUUAUCUGCUAAUACAUUGGCAAAAAUUGCUAAUGGUAUUGCUGAUAAUUUAUUAACUUCAAUUGUAAGAUCAUGGUGUCCAUCGACUUUCCAACAAGUUAAAAAACCAAUUAUUGUUGCUCCAGCAAUGAAUACAUUUAUGUAUACUCAUCCAAUCACCGCUAAACAAUUAAAUAUAAUACUGUCACCUGAUUUUGGUAUUGAAGUAUUAAAACCAGUUGAAAAAAUUUUGGUUUGUGGUGAUAUUGGUAUGGGAGGUAUGAGAGAAUGGGCUGAAAUUGUUGAUGUUUUAAGAAGAAGAGUUCAUAGUAUUAAGGCUGAACAGAAAAAAUUGUUAGAUGAAGAACAAAGAUUAAACGAAGAAGAAGAGGAGGAGGAGGAGGAUGAUGAUAACGAUGAAGAAGGUGAUGACGACGAUGACGAUGACGAUGAUGAUGAUGAUGACGAUGAUGAUGAUGAUGACGAUGAUGACGAUGAUGAUGAUGAUGACGAUGAUGACGAUGUAGAAGAAGAUAAUGAAGAAGAGGAUGUUGAUGAUACAAACAAGAGAAAACUUGUCAGAAACAAUACCAGCAAUAGUGAGGAAUUACCUAAAAAAGAUGAUGAUGAAAUGAUAUUUGAAAUCACUGAUCAAGAACAAAGUGAACAGGAUGAUGAAGGUGAAAUUGUUACAAAUGAAUCACGUACAAUUUCUCCAGUUCCUUCACAUCGUCAACAAAAGAUUAAGAUCCCUAAAGAAACUCAAAAUCUUAUUUGA